AGUGGAUGGAUUGGCAGAGAGGGGUGGGAGGACAGUGAGUGGAGGCCAGUGGGGAUUGGCAGAGAGGGGUGGAGGACAGUGAGUGGAGGCCAGUGGAGGGAUUGGCAGAGAGGGGGGUGGAGGACACUGAGUGGAGGCCAGUGGUGGGAUUGGCAGAGAGGGGUGGAGGACACUGAGUGGAGGCCAGUGGUGGGAUUGGCAGAGAGGGGUGGAGGACACUGAAUGGAGGCCAGUGGAGGGAUUGGCAGAGAGGGGUGGAGGACACUGAAUGGAGGCCAUUGGAGGGAUUGGCAGAGAGGGGUGGAGGACACUGAAUGGAGGCCAGUGGAUGGAUUGGCAAAGAGGGGUGGAGGACACUGAAUGGAGGCCAUUGGAGGGAUUGAGUCCAGCGCAUUGGUAGCCAGUGGGAGGGAGUUGCAGUAAUGGGGGCGGGAUAUAACCGGGGGUGGAUCAGUUGUUUUUGUGGGUCAUUGGAGGAUUUAGCCGUGAGUUGGUUUUGGGGGGCCCAAAGGGGGUCAGAGUUAGAUUUUUGUAGAGGUUAUGGGGGA